AUGACAAUCUACUCCAAUCGACAGUUUACUGCGCCUGAAGACGAGCCCACGAAAGCCCAGACCGUCGAAAAACCGCAGGAUAAGUCAUCUGAAAGUCCGCCUUGGCUGAACGAAUUGUAUAUCAUAUCGUGGUUGAUAUUCUUCUCAUUGCUCGGAACGUUAGCUCGUGUUGGUGUCGAAGCCAUAACCCAGUAUCCAGACGCACCAGUCACAUCCCGAGUUCUAUGGGCCAACCUGGGCGGUUCGUUCCUUAUGGGCUUCCUCAUUGAGGACCGUAACCUCUUCGGCUUGCCUCCUGACCUAGGCCCAUCUCCAGCAAAAGAUGAUGCACCGCCAGAAGACUCUAAGCUGUCAGCGACACACCUGAAGUUCAAGAAGGCUAUACCUUUGUACAUAGGACUGACCACAGGUUUCUGUGGCUCGUUUACGUCGUUUUCGACUUACCUUCAGGAUGCCUUUCUGGCUCUUACAAACGCUCUGCCGACCUUCUCACGCACAACAGCUUACCGGAAUGCGCGUGCCUCUGCUAGUCGAAGCGGAGGAUUUAGCUUCGAAGCUCUCAUUGCCGUUCUGAUACUCCAUCCUGCCGUAUCACUGGCCGGUCUCAGAGCUGGUACCCAUCUUGCAGAAUUCCUACGACCAGUCUUGCCGCAGCAGAUUUUUCAUACUCGGCUGACAGUGAAGGUCUUGAAUCCACUCUUUGUGCUUGUUGGCUUUGGUUGCUGGAUUUUCGGGGCAUUGUUCCUGACCAUCUUCCCACCUGCAUCCGGGCCAUCUCCUGUAAACUGGAGAGCUCGAGCUACCAUCCCGCUGCUGUUUGCCCCUCCAGGCUGUAUCAUACGGUUCUAUCUAGCUAAGUACUUCAAUCGUCCUAGCAGGCAGAAUUUCCCUUUGGGCACGUUCUUGGCGAACAUAUUUGGGACUCUUGUGCUUGGAAUGGCAUGGGAUCUUCUACACGCCAGGUCCGUUGGUGCAAGCAUUGCUGGUGGAAACGCUUGUGCUAUACUGAUAGGCAUACAACAAGGCUUCUGUGGCUGUUUGACCACUGUCAGUACUUGGGUUGUGGAAUUGAAUGGGAUGAACUGGAGGGCUGCAUGGAUAUAUGGUCUUGCCAGCGUCGGCGUUGCUUUGGCAGGCCUUGUUGUUAUUAUGGGUUCGAUGGGCUGGACAAUCGGGUUCGCAGAGCCAGCUCUGUCUACUUCGGGUUACAUGCACGAGAUCGAUGGUUAA